CAGGCUGCAGGAUAUGGGUCUGCAGGAUGGAGUUCUUCCGGUCUGGCGUGCUCCUGAUCAGAGUUACUCUGAUCUGAAGAUUUUGGUGUUUAAGGCAUUACAAUAAAAGCCUGAGUUGUUCAUGGAGUUUUUCAUCAGUAUGUCUGAAACCAUUAAAUAUAAUGACGAUGUUCAUAAAACUCUGUUUCUGAAAACACUAAAUGAACAACGCCUGGAAGGAGAGUUUUGUGAUAUUGCUAUUGUGGUUGAGGAUGUGACAUUCAGAGCGCAAAGAUGUGUUCUUGCCGCCUGCAGCACCUACUUUAAAAAGCUUUUCAAGAAGCUUGAGGUUGAUAGUUCUUCAGUCACAGAAAUAGAUUUCCUUCGUUCUGAUAUAUUCGAAGAGGUCCUGAACUACAUGUACACAGCAAAGAUUUCUGUGAAAAAGGAAGAUGUUAACUUAAUGAUGUCAUCAGGUCAGAUUCUUGGUAUCCGAUUUUUGGAUAAACUGUGUUCUCAAAAGGGCGAUGUAUCCAGUCCCGAUGAAAACAAUGGUCAGUCCAAAAGUAAGUAUUGUCUCAAAAUAAAUCGCCCCAUUGGUGAUGCUGCUGACCAGGAUGAUGAUGUAGAGGAAAGGGAUCAGGAUGACAGUCCUUCUGAUGACACAGUAGAAGGCACCCCCCCAAGUCAGGAGGACGGCAAGUCACCCACCACAACGCUCAGGGUUCAGGAAGUGAUCCUGAAAGAGCUGGGGAGUGAGGAAGUUAGGAAGGUCAAUUGCUACGGCCAGGAAGUAGAAUCCAUGGAGACCCCAGAAUCAAAAGACUUGGGGUCCCAGACCCCUCAAGCCUUAACAUUUAAUGAUGGGAUGAGUGAAGUGAAAGAUGAACAGACACCAGGCUGGACAACGGCCGCCAGUGACAUGAAAUUUGAAUAUUUGCUUUAUGGUCACCAUCGGGAGCAGAUUGCCUGCCAGGCGUGUGGGAAGACGUUUCCUGAUGAAGGCAGAUUGAGGAAGCAUGAGAAACUCCACACGGCAGACAGACCGUUUGUUUGUGAAAUGUGCACAAAAGGUUUCACCACGCAGGCCCACCUGAAAGAACACCUAAAAAUCCACACGGGCUAUAAGCCCUAUAGCUGUGAGGUGUGUGGAAAGUCAUUUAUCCGCGCCCCAGACUUAAAGAAGCACGAGAGAGUUCACAGUAAUGAAAGACCAUUUGCAUGCCACAUGUGCGACAAAGCCUUCAAACUUAAAUCUCACCUCAAGGAUCAUGAAAGAAGACACAGAGGGGAAAAGCCUUUUGUGUGUGGCUCCUGCACCAAGGCACUUGCCAAGUCAUCUGACCUGAAAAGGCAUGAAAACAAUAUGCACAGUGAAAGGAAGCAGGUUACCCCCAGUGCCAUCCAGAGCGAGACAGAACAGUUGCAGGCGGCAGCAAUGGCCGCAGAAGCAGAGCAGCAGCUGGAAACGAUAGCCUGUAGCUAGAGGCGGUGGGGCAGGGACACUUC